UUUUUCAUUUCGCUGCCCUAGCAAUCCUCCUCCUCUUCUCAAUCGCCGAGAUCUCUCUCGCCUCCGCCAAGAAACCGGUGCCCCCCGCCGCUCGAAGAGAAGACAUCCCCUCUUCCCUUUCAAAAUCAUGGAACCCUCCGCCGCUGUCGCUGAUCAACCCGUUAAAAUUGUCCAGGCCAAAACCGAGCCCAGCGGCGACCAGCACUCUCACUCUGCGGACUACGCUCCCUACCCUAAGCUCGACCCCGCUGACGUGGCUCCUCCCCCUCCGGCGACGGACACGGCGGCGAGAUCCGCAACCGCUGGUGAUUACCAGGCGACCACCAUGCCGCCGGAGUCCAACCCAUACGUCACUCCCUCUCCCGCCGCCGCUUCAUCCUCCUCGAAGAGGGUUUACGUUUGAUUGAGUGUUGAAACUGUGAUUGGAUCCUGUUGGGGCAGUAAAAGAUGCGCUCGGGAGGUGGGGGAAGAUGGGGGAAGCAGCGAAGAAGACCGAGGAUUUGGCUGGCAACGUUUGGCAACACUGUCGAAAGGAGGCAGAGGCAGGAGUUUAUAAUGUAUUUGUUGGAGAGGAUCCAUUCUUAUAUGGUUUUGUAUGAUCCACUAGGCGGAAGUCUGAAUCAUUUCUUUAGCUAAUAAAAUGUUUUUGUAGUACUUCUGGCUAUUCUGGUGAUUAUACACGGCCUCAAUGAACAUAGGUAAGAUUGCAUACAUUAUGGAGAAGCACCAGAUACACCUCUUGAUAAUGUUGUACUUGGCAGACUGAAGCAGUUCAGGGCGAUGAACAAAUUCAAGAAAGCUGCAUUAAGAGUAAUAGCUGGAUGUUUAUCAGAAGAAGAAAUAAGAGGACUAAAAGAGAUGUUCAAGGGCAUGGACACCGAUAACAGUGGAACUAUAACACUCGAAGAACUAAAACAAGGUCUCACAAAGCAAGGAACAAAACUGUCAGAAAUGGAAGUUAAACAACUAAUGGAAGCUGCCGACGCAGAUGGAAAUGGAACGAUAGACUACGAAGAGUUCAUCACCGCGACGAUGCACAUGAAUAGAAUGGAUAGAGAAGAACAUUUGUAUACAGCGUUUCAGUAUUUCGACAAGGAUAAUAGUGGUUUUAUCACGAUUGAAGAGCUCGAGCAGGUGCUUAAGGAGAAGGGCUUGUAUGAUGGAGGGAACAUUAAGGAUAUCAUCUUAGACGCUGAUUCUGAUAAUCUACACAACAAAAGUUGGAGAUGGAUGGUGAAGGUGGGAAGAAGAAGCCAGAGACGUGACGAAGGAAAUGCUUGCAACGUUGAUAAGACAUGGGUUCUCUGUAGUCUUUAUUGUUCAAGUCUACUUAGUCAUGAUUGUUGGAUUUGUUAAUAAAA